AUGGCGGACGGAAUGCGCCGAGACUCGUUGGCGGACGAUGCGUACUCUCUCUCGACGACGCGGGACGACGAAGAGAGACUGGUGGCGCCCGAUGAGAGCACGUCUCUGCUGGGAACCGGCGCCGCAAGUUCAUACGCGGGAUCAGAGGACGACAAUCCGCCACCAGGAAAAGAUAGCUGGGACGGUUAUGAGGAAUUCGCCGGCCUUCCCUGGCACAAGCGGCCCUCUGUUUACUGGCUUCUCCCUCCAUAUGCCCUCUUCACCUUGGCAUUUGGCGGAUCCGUAGUGCCAAAGCUCAACCUUAUCAUCGCCCUUGUCUGCGAGCGCUACUUUGCUGAGCAGGCUGUUGCGGAUCCCACUUUCAUCGUAACCCCCAUAGUACUCGGUGGUGACAACCCACAAUGCGCCAUCGCUGAGGUUCAGCAAAAUGUGGCGACAUUCAUGCUGAUCUUGAACGUUAUUGUUGGGGUCCUCAGCGCCUACACCACGCCCAAGAUAGGCUCCUUGUCAGACCGCUACGGCCGGAAGAAAUUGCUGGCCCUGACUUCUGCCGGCGGGGUCCUUGGCGAACUUGUGACCAUCUUCACGGCCAGGUUCCCGGACGUCAUCCACUACAGGUGGCUCAUCUUGGGGGUCAUUUUCGACGGCCUAGCUGGUUCUUUCACGGCCGGCUCUGUACUCAGCCAUUCAUAUACGAGCGACUGCACACCUCCGUCGAAGCGUGGCGUGGCUAUUGGAUAUGUUCACGCGUGCCUCUUCAGCGGCCUGGCUUUUGGGCCCCUCAUCGCGGGCUACUUCGUGAAAUGGACUGGCUCCUUACUCUCCCUUUUCUACGUCAGUCUCGGAUGCCACCUGGUUUUCAUCAUAUGCGUCAUCUUCAUCCUGCCUGAGUCAGUGUCAAAACGACGGCAGGUUGUGGCCCGUGAAAAACACCGCGUCGACCAAGAGAAGCGUGACCAGCGCACACGGGAAUGGGCAUCAUAUUACUUGGCGAGUGCAGAGGGCGCAACUUCCUGGUUCUGGUCAUGGCUCGCAUCGCCCAAAUACGCAAAUGCGGUCGCCUCGGUCCGUUCAGCCAACCCCUUGGAGCCGCUCAAGGUCUUGGCUCCAAAAGGUCUCAGGAACAAGGCCGUCCAACGGAACCUGAUACUCCUCGCCACCAUCGACACGGUCAUCCUCGGCGCUGCCAUGAGCUCGGGCCAGGUAACCCUGUUGUACAGCGAAUUUAUUUUCCACUGGGGCAAUUUCGAGACCUCACGGUUCAUUUCGCUCGUCUCCUUGGUCCGUGUCGCCGUACUGCUGAGUAUACUGCCCAUCAUCAAUUACAUCUUUCGGACGCGUCCGGCACAAAAGCGGCGCAGAGAAUCAGGUGCCAUCGCAGAACACAGUGCUGGCGCUGAUGGCCUAGAUGUUUGGCUUUUGCGCAUUGCAAUCGUGUCAGAUAUCAUCGGUGUGGCUGGAUACAUAUUUGUGCGUACUGAGGCGCUCUUUAUUCUCUGCGGUGUAAUCACCGCCUUUGGCGGGGUGGGCUCCGCGACCAUCCAGGCCGCUUUGUCCAAGCACGUCCCCGCGGAGAGGAUAGGACAGUUGCUCGGAGCAAUUGGUCUGCUUCACGCGCUGUCCAGAAUCGUCGGCCCGAUAAUAUUCAAUGGUCUGUAUGCAGCGACGGUGAAGAGCUUCCCGCAGGCUGUGUUUGUUCUUAUUACUGGGAUAUUCACCUUCACACUUCUGUUGGCCAUGUUCGUGAAGCCUCAUGUAUUUAUGACGAAGGAUGAUGAGGUCGAGGAUGAGAGGCCUACUCGGCCCAACCCCCACCGAGAAGACACUUUAACCGACGAUGAGGUUGUGCCUCAGAUCUAG